AUGGAUGAUGCAGCAGGAAAUAUUCUUGCAUCGCUUGGCCGCGUGCAUCUAGUUGAUCUCACGGCCUCUGAGGGCCUGCCUUCUGACAGCUAUAAGAUGUGCGUAUCGACUCUGAUGCAGUCGCUGGCUCAGUAUUCGGCAGCCAUCAUUCAGCUGUCACCAGCUGAUGGUGCCUUGUUGAGGUCAGGUUUGGACUCGGCUUGCUAUUUCUUCCACCAGCGAGGGUAUAAUUCGAGCGAGGCUGUCCACUCGGCCGUGAAUGGUAUGUGUCUGGAAAUGUAUGAUUACAGGCCUGGUAUUACCGCAACAGAUCCCAGCGGUGAAAUAGAAUUGCCUCCGUCAGGUUUGCCUGACAUAUUUUCGGUGCUGGGUAAAGUUUCUCAAGAUAUCAUGGAUGCAAUCAGUUUCUCAUUGAAUUUGCGUAGCUGUGCGUUUACUGAGAUACUUGACAACAUACCCUUGAGAAGCCAGGAAGUAUCAUCUUCUGUUCUUUCAGCAUGUUGUCAUUCAAGGCCAUCAUUUGAAGGAGCACAUCAGCACAGCAUUGCUUCUCAAGAUAAUGGUCACUUGCUCAUGUUUUCUGAGCAGGAGCAACAGAUUGAUAAGACUUUGCUUACCCUAGUUAAGCCAGAUAGGUCAGGCCUAUAUGUUAAUGACUUACAUGGACGCUGGAUUCUUGUUGAUGGGGAUAUUGGUCCACACGAUGUUGUUGUCUAUCCUGGCCUUGCGCUUUAUCAGGAAACCGCUGGCUAUGUAAAUCCAGCUGUACAUAAAACAGAGGUUGACAACAUACAUCUCAUGCCUAGAUCAGUUGCAAGGCUGAGUGGUUCAGAGAUGAGAGCUGCUGGCCAUGGCGUUGAUGCUCAGUUUCAGGUCCCCAUACCAGUUAAUGAUUUCACGCAGACAGAUCAUUUUGCUGAUCAACUGUUUCCUAAGACUGAACCAUCAUUACACACAGAACAAGAUUCGGCAUCAUUCAACUCUGUGAUGAAUAAAAAGAAGGGAAAUGCAAGAACAAAGCCACUCCCUCCUUCUAAAAGACUUCGCCUAGAAGCACAGAGGGUCCUGAAGGAGCGUGUUCAGGACAUUGCAGAUAAGAAAGGCAUCAAGCUGAGAUUUUGCAAUCUCAAAGAAUGUGAAAGCCACAUCCAGUCGUUGGAUAGUCCGUGUGAGAACACUAGAACUGAAAUUGGAUGGCCACAAGGGGUUCCAUUUGUCCAUCCACAUGACCUCCCAAACAAGGCAAAGCUUGGGUUUUUGGAAGCUUAUGAACCUGGAUGGACGGCUUCCCAAUAA